AAGGCUUCUCUUUUGCAUCGUACUCAGGAAGAAAGAAGGAAGAGAGAGGAAGAAAGGCGAAGACUGAAAAAUGCAAUAAUUAUCCAGUCAUUUAUUCGAGGCUGUAGAGACAGAAAACAGCAAUAUUCCAUCCAAAGAAGUGCAUUUGAUCGCUGCGCUAACUUGUCACAGUCUGGUGGCACUUUUUCCAUUGCUAGUGGUCCCAACCUUACCCUUUUGGUAAGGCAGCUUCUUUUUUUUUACAAGCAAAAUGAAGACUCAAAACGUUUGAUAUGGCUGUAUCAGAACUUAAUUAAACACAGCUCUCUGUUUGUCAAGCAGUUGGAUGGAUCUGAGAGACUUACUUGCUUAUUUCAAAUAAAGAGAUUGAUGAGCCUCUGUUGCAGAUUGCUGCAAAACUGUAGCGACGACAGCUUGAAUGUUGCACUUCCAAUGAGAAUGCUUGAGGUGUUUUCAUCUGAGAAUACUUAUUUGCCUGUUUUACAAGAUGCUAGCUACAUAGUGUCAGUAAUUGAACAAAUUUUGCACUACAUGAUUCAAAAUGGGUAUUAUCGGUCUCUGUAUUUGUUGAUUAACAGCAAGCUUCCAUCAAGUAUUGAAUAUUCUGAUUUAUCUCGCGUUCCUAUAGCAAACAUUUUACUAGAGAAUGUCCUAAAACCGUUGCACUUUACUUACAACUCCUGUCCAGAAGGUGCAAGGCAGCAAGUGUUCACAGCCUUCACAGAGGAGUUUCUGGCAGCACCUUUUACAGAUCAGAUUUUUCGUUUCUUCAUUCCGGCAUUAGCAGAUGUACAGACCGUUUUCCCUUACGAGCCCUUUCUGAAUGCACUGUUGUUGAUAGAGAGUAGAUUUUCAAAAAAGAGUGGUGGAGCACCGUGGCUUUUCUAUUUUGUUUUAACUGUUGGCGAAAAUUAUUUGGGAACCCUCUCUGAGGAAGGCCUGCUGGUGUAUUUACGAGUUCUCCAGACCUUCCUCUCUCAGUUACCAGUCUCACCUGCCAGCGCGAGCUGCCAAGACUCAGCCAGUGACUCUGAGGACGAGAGUGAGGAAGCUGACAAGCCCCCGAGCCCGGAGGAUGGUAGACUGUCAAUACCAUACAUAACAGAGGAAUGUCUGAAAAAGUUGGAUACUAAACAGCAGACCAACACCCUGUUGAACCUGGUGUGGAGGGACUCGGCCAGUGAAGAGGUGUUCACGACGAUGGCUUGCAUCUGCCACACGCUCAUGGUGCAGCAUCGCAUGAUGGUGCCCAAAGUCAGACUUCUCUACAGUUUAGCCUUUAAUGCCAGGUUUCUGAGACAUCUUUGGUUUCUAAUAUCUUCCAUGACAACGCGGAUGAUUACAGGGUCUAUGGUACCAUUGCUUCAGGUGAUAUCAAGGGGUUCUCCUAUGUCUUUUGAAGAUUCUAGUCGAAUCAUCCCACUCUUUUACCUUUUUAGCUCCUUGUUUAGUCAUUCGCUAAUUUCCAUACAUGAUAAUGAAUUCUUCGGUGAUCCCAUAGAAGUUGUAGGUCAAAGACAAUCAUCAAUGAUGCCUUUUACUUUAGAAGAGCUGAUAAUGCUGUCUCGAUGCCUUCGAGAUGCGUGCUUAGGGAUCAUCAAGCUGGCUUAUCCGGAAACAAAACCAGAAGUUCGAGAAGAAUAUAUUAUAGCAUUUCAAAGUAUUGGAGUUACUACUAAUUCUGAAAUGCAACAGUGUAUACAGAUGGAACAAAAACGAUGGAUUCAGUUAUUUAAGGUAAUCACCAAUCUAGUGAAAAUGUUGAAGUCCAGAGACACGAGAAGAAAUUUUUGUCCUCCAAAUCACUGGUUGUCAGAACAAGAAGAUAUUAAAGCAGAUAAGGUCACCCAGCUGUAUGUGCCAGCGUCCAGACACGUGUGGAGGUUCCGGCGGAUGGGGAGGAUAGGCCCUCUGCAGUCCACCCUGGAUGUAGGUUUGGAGGCCCCACCACUGUCUGUGUCUGAGGAAAGACAACUCGCCAUCCUCACAGAACUACCUUUUGUGGUUCCGUUUGAGGAACGGGUAAAGAUCUUUCAAAGGCUGAUUUAUGCAGAUAAGCAAGAAGUUCAAGGAGAUGGUCCAUUUCUGGAUGGAAUUAAUGUCACAAUAAGAAGAAAUUAUAUUUAUGAAGAUGCUUAUGAUAAACUUUCCCCAGAAAAUGAGCCCGAUUUGAAGAAGCGGAUCCGUGUGCACUUGCUCAAUGCCCAUGGCCUGGAUGAAGCUGGCAUUGAUGGCGGUGGUAUCUUCAGAGAGUUUUUAAAUGAACUACUGAAAUCAGGAUUUAACCCCAACCAGGGGUUCUUUAAGACUACUAAUGAAGGGCUUCUGUACCCUAACCCGGCUGCUCAGAUGCUUGUGGGAGAUUCUUUCGCCAGACAUUACUACUUCCUAGGCAGAAUGCUUGGAAAGGCUCUCUACGAAAACAUGCUGGUGGAGCUGCCCUUCGCUGGCUUCUUCCUUUCUAAGUUGCUUGGGACGAGUGCAGAUGUGGACAUGCAUCACCUAGCCUCCCUAGAUCCUGAAGUGUAUAGGAAUUUGCUGUUUCUCAAGAGCUAUGAAGAUGAUGUGGAGGAACUUGGGUUGAACUUCACCGUGGUGAACAAUGACCUGGGAGAGGCACAGGUAGUAGAACUAAAAUUUGGUGGGAAAGAUAUCCCUGUCACCAGUGCCAAUCGAAUCGCAUAUAUCCACCUGGUGGCCGACUAUAGACUGAACAAGCAGAUCCGCCCACACUGCCUGGCUUUCAGACAGGGCCUGGCCAAUGUCGUCAACCUCGAGUGGCUCCGAAUGUUUGAUCAGCAGGAAAUUCAGGUAUUAAUUUCUGGUGCACAAGUUCCCAUCAGCCUAGAGGACCUAAAAUCUUUUACAAACUAUUCAGGAGGCUAUUCUGCUGAUCACCCUGUCAUUAAGAUCUUCUGGAGAGUCGUGGAAGGCUUCACUGAUGGAGAAAAGCGCAAGCUGCUCAAGUUCGUGACAAGCUGCUCCCGGCCCCCGCUCUUGGGCUUUAAGGAGUUGUACCCUGCGUUCUGCAUUCACAACGGAGGUUCUGACCUCGAGCGGCUCCCCACAGCCAGCACCUGCAUGAACCUGCUGAAGCUCCCCGAGUUUUACGAUGAGACACUUCUGCGAAGUAAACUGUUAUAUGCUAUUGAAUGUGCUGCUGGUUUUGAGCUGAGCUGAAAGCAAUGCUGUAUCUGACCUUCUCCAGAGAACCCAGCACCUCCUUCGUCAGCAGCGCCUCCCCAGACCCACGAGGAUGCUCAGGCUGGACGCCCACGGCUCUCCUGCACUCCUCCUUUCAAGCCUUCCUUCAUUUUUUAAGUGAUUUUUAUUACAAUGUGGUCACUUAUUUAGAUGGACACUACCUUCCAAAUAACUUAAAAUAACAAGUGUGCCGUGUGGCUAAUUUAGUUAUUUUGCCAAGAAGAGCACAGUUUUUAGACUAGUGGCCACUCAGUGAAAUUAACCAAAGAGGAAGCUUUGGCUUUGCUGACCAGAGUCGAGUCCCUUCCGGAGCCGGCAGCGCCUGCUUCCUGGGUUCAGACUGGGCUGGGCGGUCUGCAGAGAUACAGGGUCUGAGGGGUUGAAACGCUUAUUUUCAGGGGGCCCGCUGCUUCUCAUGUGGCUGAAUUGUUUACAAACCUAAUUGUUAAAACUACAGGCGUUUUUCUUCCUGCUACCUUUUCCCAAAGGGGUUAGGUUUGGAAAGUAGAUGACGAUGGUCAUACUAUAUUUGCUUUUUAAGCCGUUUACUCCACAUGGGACGAGCAUGCUUAUUUUCAGUACGCCAUUGAGCUGCAUCAUGAUAGUUUGUGUAUCACUGUGUGUUGGUGUGAGGUGGGGACUUCAUCCGCUAUUCUGUCGGUCUCCGCUUUGUGCCUGGAGAGCUGAUGGGGGGUGAGGAGGAGGAGGAGGAGAGUCUGUCCGGCUCCUUCGGCAUGUGUGUUGCUGGCAGUACAUGAUGACUUGGGGGAGAACAGGCACUGUCGCAUCUAUUAAAGCUGUUUGAACCCAAGUGGCGGGCCAAGCCUUUGUCCCUGAUGCUGCUGCGGCUGGGUCUCUCCAUGAUCCCCUCUCCCUCCUCACCCCUGGGCUGUACCAGUCUUCCUGGAUAUUCUGGGGUAAUUUGCCGUGCCUCGGCACCCUCUGCUUUGUGGUGCUGCUUUGACAGAAAGACGAGACAGUCCCUGACACGUGUCCAGGGAGGAAGAGCGUUCAGUGAUUCUCGUAAUAAGGCACUUUAUCAGGACCUAAUUAGUUGCUGGGUGAUUUCAGUCUCUAAAAACAAAGCGUUCCAAAGCGUCAGCCAUGGAAGCAGAGUGACCCUUUGCUGAUGCUGGGGGAGAAGGAAUCUAAAUCCUUAUUCAUCUCUUCUCUGUCUAGUAUUUUACUGUCACUGGAGGCUCUGUGGACUGUCAUAGUUAAUUGACCAUAAUUAGCAAUAUACUUUUAAAUGUGGGAAAACUGAGUGACACUUUUAAGACAAUGACCAUUAUCAAAACAAAAUGUAUAAUUUCUUAAUUUGAAUAAUAAAUUAAGUGUUUAAAUGCUAUUUGUAGUCUUGAUAUACAGAAAUAAAAUAAUUAGGGUUUGUCUUUGG